ACAGCAAAUGCCGGCGUUCAAAACGUGGUCAUGACCUCCUGACAUAAUGUCAUAUGUUACUGGUUGCCAUGGCAAUGGUGUUUAUUAUCAAUCGUCCUUAAAAUACUGUUAUCAAACUUACUGAAAACAAAAAGAAAUAUCAUAAAUGCACGAUUUUAAUCGAUGUAACAAAGUUGCAGGCGUAUACUGGUUAAAGAAGGAUGUAAGAGAUUUACAAUUAAAAAUAAAAUUAAAGCCCCAAGAUGGCAUUUUAACAUUACCAAAGUUCGAAGACUGUACCAAAGGCAGUAACAUUUUAAAACUAGAAAACACUGCAGAAGAGUAUUCAUUUAAAUGGCAAGAAAAAGUGUUCAGUUUGUGGGAAAUCCAACGUUAUACAGAUGUGCACAAUUGCAUCACAGAAACAGAAUUAAAUUACCAUGAAGUUUUACAAAACAUAGAGUAUAAGCCUGCAAAGGUAUUCAGUUACAUUCAUGACGAUUAUUUCCUGCCACUGCCUGUAGAUUUAAAAAAAAGAAAUAAUAGUCUGCUCAAUUUAGACCACUACAUGGAGAAGUUGAAUUUAAAUGAUGCUAUUGAUAAAGCAUUUGGCGGUGACACAAUUUCUGCGACUAGUUUGUUUAAAAGUGAAGAAAAUAUUGCACUAACUGACGAGGAUUGGACAGCCAUGCAUAUUGUAUUUGACAAUUCUGAUUAUAAUGAAGACUCUCAACUUAUCUUCAAGCAAGAAGUACCUCUUCUUUCUAUCUAUCACAACACAGUACACAACUACCUGGUAAUGAUGCCAGAUGCCAACAAACUCGAGCUUAAUCCAUACAUAGUGGAGACAUCGGAAGGUGUACCAUGGGGAUACCAGUACAGCGUUGAAAAAGAGUUUGAAGAUGAUGAUGCUGAAGAGCUAGUGAUAUUGUUAUCAAAACUCUACAAAAGAUGGGAACGGAAACAGAAACAUUUGUUAAACUUUGUUAUGCCGUCCCCUGGCAAGAAGCAAUACUAUGUGACACUAGAGAUUUUAAACGCAACAGAAUUUGAUAUGGACAACAUGUACAUCGAGUUUGACAUCAAGGUGCCUGAAGACAUACAGUGCUCAGACUCUCUUCAAGGAAAGACACAUACAAGCGAGGCAUUUGAAGUGGAAGGCUAUAGAGAGUGGAGCUAUGGACAUAUCAUUGAGUUCAGUUUAGAAAUGAACACAGGGACAGAACCAGCACCUAUCAAGGUGUUCCUCGAAGCCAUAUCGUCAGAUUGGUGGGGUCGACACCGCACCGAGGGUUACACCUACCUGCCUCUUACGCUGGAGCCUGGGUGCUACUCUAAAGACCUGACAUGCAUGAGGCCUGAGGAGUUGGAUGCAGUCGAAGCUGAAAGUAGGCGGUUCUUUCUAGGAGGGUGCCAUCUGAUCAAGGAUCUGAAUGUCCUGGCUGAACAGCAGUUGCAGAAUGCAAACUACAAAUACACCACAACAGGAACCAUCAGCGUUAGGUGGAACAUCAUCUCUCAAGCCCAGGUUGGAGGCUUAGUAGCUCCACCACCUCAACCAAGCACCAGUUCAGCAUCAGCGCUACUCUUGGGAGCUGAGGCUGCCCUAAAGAAGUAUAAGAAGGCCAGAGCCAGGCUUGCAGCAGCUACAAAAGACUUGAGUGAUGUGAAAUAUUCUGCAGGUGAUGGAUAGAAAGAGGAU